GCAUCGUGGGGACGUUACGCAUCGAAGCGGAGGAAGAAAGGCGUAGGAAGACGCAAGAAGACGGACAAAAAGAUGUCAAGAUCUCUUCCCUACCUAUGUAUACCAGUAUCGGCACGGAAGUCGAUCCUAUGGGGAUCGAUAUUUCCACCACAUCGCCACUCUUUCAUGGCAGACCUCGACCUGGCCCUCCUGCUAUGAGCAGCUCAAGAAAAGAUGUCCUGGUGUCCCUUCCUUCAGUAUAUGCAACUGCUCAGUUCAUUCAAGACCUCGGACAGAUCAAAUACCCAGAUGGUAUCAAAAGUCCAGAAGUAGAGCUUAAUGUCAACGCAAAGGAUGGAAAAUUCAGAUAUGAUCGUGAUUUCCUCCUACAGUUCAUGCCCCUGUGUAAAGAAAAGCCGAAUACGGUACCUCUCUCUCCACUUGGUCUCACACCGGUCGAUUCAUUGAUAACGGCUCAUGACGACUCUGGGCGUCACCGCCCGAUGUGGGGUACACAGAGCAAGCAAGUUGAGGAGGGCAACGCUGCGAACAAAGCUAUGAGAAGUAAACGUACAAGAACCAAGCGGGGUGAGAAGCCGGUGGUACACCCAACUCAGAUUGCACUGGACAGUGCUACCACUAUAUCCAGUUCAUCUGCUCGAAGCGAUAUGUUGUUUGAUUCAGUAGUUCCCUUGGAACUGAAAUCCUAAGGAUGCUAGUCUGGAUGCAAAACUUGAAGAUUGCUUGGUUGGCUGUGAAGUCACAGUCCUUUUUUCUAAAUUCGUUUAUCAGCUAGUGCACUAGUAAUGUAACGUGCUCUUUCUCU